CCUACACACCCUGACUGGACAAUAAAGACUCACAAACUCACAGACAGGAUGGCUAUCGUUUCUGCUCAUUGCUGGACUGGCGUCUUCUUUCUCCUCUCAGCCUGCUGGUCACCAUUGGUUUCUUCAUUCAAAGUGACGGAGGGAAGCACAACCACGCUGUCCUGCCAGUACUCAGUGAAGCGCUUUGGCUUAAGUCGGGUGUGCUGGGGCCGGAGCUGCGGGACCUUCUGGUGCAGCAACAUCCUGGUGCAGACAGAUGAGAAUGGGGUCAUCUCCAAGGUGGCAGACCGGUAUCGGUUAACGGGAGAUGUUCUGGAUGGACAAAUGGACCUGGCAAUCCUCAAUGUGAGGCGAACGGACAGUGGGCCUUACUGCUGCAGGGUGGACAUUGACGGCAUCUUCAAUGACAAGAAAGUGAUCAUGAACCUCCGCGUGGUCAAAGCACCUCCAACAAGCCCGCCUCCAACGACUUCAAUGGCCAGUGCCACAGAGCUGCCCACCUCCACAGCCAGCUGGAAAACCAUCCUGUCGUCCCACCUGGACCUGAUCAGGAGAAACUCCACCAAGCUGCAUUCUGAAACCAUCAUUGUAGAGGAUUCUGUCCCAACUUUAUCCCUACAGAUCAAUGUGCCAAUUCUCUCUCUCUCCCUCAGUCUACUGCUGCUGUUGGCAGGGGCCUUACUCUUUCUAGCCUUCAAGCGUGGAAUCCACAGACGAGCAUUAAAGACAGGCUGUUUCUCAUCCAAGGAGCCUCCACACAUCAUUUAUGAGAUCCGAAUGAGGAGGCCUGUACAGGAGAACAUCUACACACUGGACUAGAGAACAAGAACCAGGUUUCUACCUGGACCAUCUCAACAUCUUAAAGCUAACAGUAUCGCCGCAGAACUUGAAUGGAGGAGAACAGUCACUGCACAGUCAUUUGGCUAGUACAGAACAGAACAGCCAGUAUGGUUCUUUGCUAAAGUGGCGGGUCAAUAGGGCUCUAAAGUGUGUUACAUUUGGUUGCGAGACAUGCAGACAUGUUGUGCUGUGGCUGCAGCCUCAAAGCAGAAAUUACGAAAAGAAUUGUGAACAUUUAAAGCUGCAUGUCCUGGUAUGUUGCAUGAGGAUAGUAUUACAUUUGCAAAGGCUGGGCAUCAUCAAACAGACCUUCUACUCACUCUAAUCUCUAACCUUUUAAAUACUACAAACUGUUUAGCCAAAUUGGAGAACAAAAGUGUUUGUUAACUUUUAUAUGACUAACAGACACUGGCUGAAACAAGAUGCCUUUCCACUGUUUUGGUUCUCACUGCAAAGACUUCUCACUUCAGAGAGCAAUUUGAUGCAAGUCAGUUUGGCAAUGUUACUCAUAAAAAUGGCCACCACUUUGACCAUCCCAGUAUGUUGAUUUGAAUGGGAAACACCGUCAGGUUCUAGCAGAGUUCUCCUGAACUCUGCUAGAACUGUUUCCUUUUUUUACUAUCUUCCGCAAGCUUUUUCACAUUUGAGAAUUGUUGGCAAUUUGAUUAUGCCUCUGCACCAGCAAUAGCCGUGAAGGGAAUAUGUUUUUGGAUUGUCUGUCUGUCCAUGCGUCUGUGCCAAAUACAAUAUCUGCGAAACACCUUGAGGAAAUUUUCUUCAAAUUUGUCACAAAUGCCCACUUUGACUUUUGACCACCAAAUUCUAAUCAGUACAUCCGUGAAUCAAAGUCACUGUGACCUCACAAAACACAUUUUGGCCAUAACUCAAGAAUUGAUAUUGUAAUUAUAACAAAGUGUCAUGUCAGAUAAAAUGAUGAGAUUAUGGCAUUUUAUAUCCAAAAGGUCGAAGAUCCUUUGUAUAAUUGCAUUAUUCAGAAUCAUAAUUCAAGAACAGAAGAGGAGAUUGUGGCCAUAUUUAUGCAUUUGGUUGGGUGCUGAAUUGUUUACAAUGAUCUUAGGUGCCCACCUUGAAACUGGUGGUGAUUGUAUAGACCUGUGCUGCUGGGUUGAUGAUGUGUGUGAAGCAUCCAUGUUUCAGAAUGUGUAGCUUCUUUGCAGCAAUACCCAUUUCUGAAGCACUGUCUACUGUCAUGGCUACAACUUUGUGUUCUAUCAAAAUCAAUUUUAAUGGUAAUGCUAACACAUACAAGCAAUUUGAAUUUGUCUGCACAGAUAGGGAUGCAAACUGCAACUUGACAUGUUGGCAGAGGCAUAUAACCACAAGGUGGUAUUUGUAGUUUAACCCGCCACUGUGUCUGGUGGACCCACUGCCACUG